AUGGACGGGUCCAAGAAUCCAUCUUCUCCUUCCAAAGAUAAAGAACUGGAUCGCUCUUUACAAGUUAAUACGCAUGUGAGCCCGAUUCGCACUGCUCCAGCCUGCACUCAAGAAGUGUCAUCAACUGCCCAUUCCAUAGAAGAAGCUUCUCCUGGAGGACCAAAACUCUAUAACACCAUGAUGGAUAUGAUGCACUCUCUACAACAGAAUAUGUUGGACAUUCAGUCUAGAAUGACCAAUCUUGAGAAGGGAUCUAUUUCAAGCAAGGAAGAGAUGUCUUCUAUUCUUUCCUCUCAGAAGGAAUUAGAGAAGACAAUGAAGAGAAAUACGUAUGAAGUAUACAUCAUCAACAAUAUGUACACAAAGUUUGAGAAGAACCUCUUUAAUAGACAAUCGAAGAUGUUUGCUGAAUCCAAAUCUCUCACCUUAGAGCUACAUCAAACUAUUAUGUCUGCAAUAAAUCUUACACAAGCACAAAUGGUGGAAGUGUCCAAUGCUAUGAAUAGAGCUGAAGCCGGGCGAAUGGAGCAAGUUGAUUCCUUUGUUAGAUCUAUUCAAGUUGCUGAAGAAGUCGAGGCUGCUGCUGAUAAAGAAAGAGCCCUUAUUAAUAUUGAUUUUAAUAAUGUUAAAAAGGGGGAAGACUACACGUCUUACUACGUAAGUAAAGAGAAGGAGGCACCGCGAUCAUCCCAACUUACCGAAGAAGAAGAGGAAGCCGAGCGACUUCGAAGGGCAGAGGCCAAGUUCCCGGGACUUACAAAGAAAGCAGCCGCUCAGGCUACGAAGGAUGAUGCACGGUUAGAGAGGGAAAGACGGAGGCUGGAAGGCUUUGUAAAAGACAACAAAAAGAAAAAGGAGGCCUCCUCCGUUUCAGUGCCGACAAAGCGAAAGAGGGAACCCUCAAAGAAAGUUCAAAUAGCCGACCUGCUUAAUGAGGUCACUGAAACGGUCAUUACAAGUAUACCGCAGCAGGCUGCUCAAGUCGAAGAGGAGGUUGAAGAACAACUGCAGCCCCGGUCUACAAGACAACGA